UCCGACCUGUCGCGCCUCCUGAUUGGGGGACACUCUCCGGCCUCGCCAACAUGGCGGCGCCCACGACGCACCUGAACUGUGAGGAUUUUGGCGAAUUCCAGGAGUUGCUCAGGGUGAUGAGAACAAUUGACGACAGGAUAGUCCAUGAGUUAAACACGACUGUUCCAACUACUUCUUUUGAGGGAAAAGUUGACGCUAGCCAAACCUGUAAGGAACUUUAUGAGUCUCUGACGGAGGCUCACGCGAGUAGAGAAAAACUUAUCAAAAGUUGCAUUGCUCAAGCCUCUAACAUAGUAAAAAAUCUCCAGGAAGAGAGGAAGACGUCUCUGGAGGACAUAGCCUUAUUAAAGACGCUCAGGAAAGAGCAGACAAAAUUGAAAUUAAUGCAGUCAGAGCUGAACGUUGAAGAAGUGGUAAACGACAGAAGCUGGAAGAUAUUUAAUGAACGCUGCCGAGCUCAUUAUAAGCCUCCGAAGAGUCAAUGAGGUGAGCAGGGGUUCAGGAGAUGCCGCGGGAAGUGGACUUCAAUCAUGCCAAACAUAGAGACGUGGAAGAGAUGCGGAACAAGCUACAUGGGACCUUUUGAGAGAGAAACACACACACAUGCAGCAGAUCCAUGGAGUUCAUCCCAGUGAUUGAUUGAUGGAUUAAUUUUUGUUUUUUUGCUAAUUAAGAUAAUCUAACUGCUAUUUUGUACAAGAUGUGUGGGGGGAAAACAUUUAUUAAAAAAA